CUGAGGGGUAACACACGGAGUGGCGCGAGCUCCUGCACGAGCUCAACGUUUCCCCCCACUUUCAGUACAAAGUGUUUAUUCCAGCUGUGUGUUUGUUUGUUCACUCACUAUUUCUGCACUAACACCUGACGGACAUUUCCGAGACCUGGCUGUUCGGGACAGAAGCUUUAUCCUUCAUCUGAGGAGGAGGAGGAGGAGGAGGAGAAGUGAAGGAGAAGUUUUCUUCUCAGUCUGGAGGACCAUCACAUCUACACCAACACUUUAGUCCACUUCGUCUUGGUCCUGAUGAGAGAUGUUUUAAUGCUGAAAACUCUUCUGUGUCUACAGACAGAAUCUUUGGAGUGAAGAUAAAACCAUCUUCUCAUAUGGGACCAAUAUGGAUUUAAUAAAAGUUCACAGAACUCCAUUUCUCUAAGAUGGAGAAGUUUGUGGAACGCCGUGUUCACCUUUAUUUGUUUUGACACCAGAAAACAGAAGGAUUUCCGAGUUCUUCUGGUGAGAAGCUCAUUGUGAAGAACAAAGAAAACUUGAAGAUCUGCGGACGCUUCGUUUUUGCGUUCUGUAAGUUUCUCAGACGCGAUCUUCACACUUUGGUGGCUUUCAUACACGUCACACCUUACAGGAUUUUAUGAACUUAACGUUUCUUGAAGGACCUUUGUGCUUUAUCCUGGUCUUGUGUUAGUGGCACGUUAACCAGCUCCAUGUUUUUGAAGGUCUUGUGAACUGGACAGUUUAAUAGGCUCUAUAGGAUGUGAUUCCAUUCACUCUUUGAAGAAUCUCAAGAGCUUCAUGCUUUGAAGGAUAAUGAAUUGUAAACACUGAAGGAGCUCAUGAACUUGCUCUGAUUUGGUCUGAUUGUAGAUUUUCGUAUGCGCUUGUCCUCGGGUUUAUUCGGCACGAUGGACAGAGGAGCUCACGGACUCUCUGAAUGUCCUCAUGGACUGACGUUUUUAGUCGUGUUCCUCAUGGAGAGCUUAACGGUCACAGCAGCCAACCUGGAGCCCAUCUACUGGAACUCCUUCAACAGCAGGUUUGGGGACGAGCGAGGUUAUGUGCUGUACCCUCAGAUGGGGGACCGUUUGGACCUGGUGUGUCCCGCGUCCUCGUCCCCGCCACAGUACGAGUUCUAUAAACUGUACCUGGUGUCACAGCGCGAGCAGGCAGACAAAUGUGAGCUGAGCAAAGACUCCAACCUGCUGCUCACCUGCGACAAACCCAACGCCGACACGCGCUUCACCAUUAAGUUCCAGGAGUUCUCCCCCAACCUGUGGGGCCACGAGUUCAAGAACCUACACGACUACUACAUCAUAGCUACCUCGGAUGGGACGAGGCAGGGGUUAGACAGCAUAAGAGGGGGCGCAUGUGUGACACAAGGGAUGAAGGUUGUGCUCAAAGUAGGACAGAAUGCAUAUGGACUUCCCCCCAAACCAAAGCUUGAUUCCGGUCGCUCCAGCAGCAAAACUCCAGAUCACGGUGCGGACUCCCCGAACAGUGUGAACGGGGCUGAAGCAGGUGGGAUGGACACAGGUGAUGACUCAGCCUCUUCCUCCAUCACCGUGGUGAUCUUCAGCGCAGUGGGCGGUGCCUUUGUCCUGCUGUUGGUUGCCGUGGUGAUCGGAGUGGUGUGCUACCGCAGGAGAAAAGCCAAACACUCAGAAACACAGCGCCCUAGCCUGUCUCUCUCCGCCCUCACACCCAGAAGGGGCGUGGCCAACACUGCAGGAAACGCAGGAAUUAUCACCGGGGGUAACAUCACCGGCGGCACAGAGCCCAGUGACAUCAUCAUCCCGCUGCGGACUUCGGACUCCGCCUACUGCCCGCACUACGAGAAGGUCAGCGGAGAGUACGGACAUCCGGUCUACAUCGUACAGGAAAUGCCUCCUCAGAGUCCUGCUAACAUCUACUACAAAGUAUGAGGAGGGAGCUGGAACUAUCUCACACACACACACACACACACACACACACACACACACACUUAAAGACUGAACUCAUUGUUCUUAUCUCACACGCCGAGACAUGUCAAGUUUGCUAAAGGCUAAUGUUGCUAACAAAUAAUGGAAACUAAUCGCUACCAAUUUAGCAUUUUGAACUAAAUCUGUGUAUAAAUCGUCGGUAUGAAGCCGAGUCUCGUUGUUCCUCAGCAGGCGAGUCACUGGACACCAGAACAGCACUUUUUGUCCCAAGUCUUUCUCUGAGUUUUAGCAGAAAUGCAACACGUCGGAGAGAAAAUGUUGACGUUUUUGACGGUUCUUUAUAUUUAUAUUUUAUUUUAAUUUUUUUUAUUAAUAUAUGUUCUAUUCCCAGUACACUAACAAUGUGACCAAUAAACAGAUAAAUAAAUAAAAUAUACAAUUUACUGUAAAUAUUAUAUGAAUAAGACGUUCAAUAUUACAAUAUCUAGUAAUAUAUAAAUAAUAUUUAACCCUAGAUUUUACUCUACAUUAUAUUUCUGUAUUACUAAAGUCAACUAAAACGAAUCUGUUUUUUAUUUUAUUAAAAAUGUUAUAUAUUUAGAUUCAUAUUUACGUACAAAGCCGCAACAGUCACGUAUCACUUAGUAACAUCCGUCAUUCUGCUGUGACAUUAACACACAAACCCUUCGCGAGUCCGUCGGCUAAACCGGAGGAUAUUCGCUUCCGUUACUUGUUAGCAACAUUAGCAUCACAGAGCAAACGUGUCUCACGGCCGUGACGACGUCUUGGGACACGCCGACAUUGUGAACAUUUUGCGUUUGGACUCUGUGUGUGUGCACGUGUGUGUGUGUGUGUGUGUGUGUGUGUGUGUUUUACACUGCAGAUCUUGACACAACUGCAGUAGAGACUGGCACUGAGGCCUUGUGUUACUUCCUGUUUCUCAUUUGUUGUAGUAAAUGUUUGAAUCGUGUGUGUGUGUGUGUGUGUGUGUGUGUGCUGUCCUAAAAUGCUACAAACACAUUAUAAGAUGGAACAGUUGAAAUAUUGAAGCGUGGGUUUCAGAUCUGCGUUUGUGUGUUUGGUUUAUUCUGCACUUCGCGCCGUGUUUAUUUCAGUCACCGUGAAAGCAAAAGCGACGGCGUUUCCCUCCUCCUGCGUUCGUCACGAUUCAUUCUGCUGUCUUUCCCCUCGACAUGCAUCUAAACCUGGAGUCACACGGCGAGCUGUGUUCCACCUCACGCUGGCUGUUAGCAGGUUCCUGACGACCGCACGCCGGCUCUGUACGACUCUGAACACAAACACGGUAGAAGGGAAAUGAUUCAGUGAUGACAUUAAAAGGUGAAAUCAGUCACGUUUAAGGCAACAAAAGUGUCUCCUUAUAUUCGUGUAAUAGAAUGUCUGCCCUGAGGACAAGCUUCUGGUGAACUACAGACAUAAACAUCCAACCAAUCAGGUUAAAGCUCCGCCUCUUGCACUAAUGUCAGAAAUAUUAGCAUUAUGAGGUGAAGGCACGUGAGAACGGAAUUAACACUCGGGAGCUCGUAUAAUUUUCCAUGAUGACACAAACAAGUCACCUCCACACGGCUCUUGAGAGCAACGCAACACCGACGCUCCUUAAUGUAGAUGUGUGUGUUGUUGUGCCUGUGGUUUUGUGGGAAGUCACGUUCGAAAUGAUAAAAGGGACGAGUUCUAGUCAGACGUCAGAGUUUUAAACAAAUGGAGCAAGAGUUUAAGUUCAAGCAAGUUUCUGUGUUUACGUCACACGUC